CUUAUAAGGGGCUGAGUUGUGUAGUUGUGAUGUUGUACACGCUUUCAUAAAAGUAUAAUUGAAUCAAAGAUGAUAAGGAUAAUAUUAAUUACAUUGGUCACAAGGGUCCUCGCGACACCAGUGAUGACGAGACAGGAUCUCUUGAAGGAGGCCCAAAGAGCACAGUUCUGUGAAAAUCUUAUAAAUAUUAACAAUUUGUACUAUUCGUUCGAUGAAACUAAAAAAGUAACAGGUAUCCCCGCUGACAUGAGCGUGCAUUGGAAGACUGGUAACGUUUUUUACACGCUGAUAAAUGAUAAUAUGAAAAUGAGCCUCCAAGUUCUGCAUCCCAGUGGUGACGCUGAGACUAUCAAAGUGGCUGGUCUAGGUCAAUCUACUACUGUAGAUAACCUCAACGAUGUCGUAUAUUUGGCAACCGAUAACGGAGUCUACAAAUACAAAGAGGACGGCUCUAUAGAACUUUAUGCAGCGUUGGGCGAAGACGUAAUGUAUGUAACCGUCUCCAAUGACGGCUCAGUCAUGUACAUAGCAACAUGGCCACAGAAUAGGGUACACAAAAUAACGAACGAGGGACAGAAACAGGAAAUGUUCCCAGCCAUACCAAACGGACACGGGAUUACUGUGGACACCAGAAAUAAUAUAUUCUUCGUGGCGACACAGACUUCGCACGUACUAAAGAAUGGUCACAACAUACCAAUCAAAAUAAAAGGCUUACCGAGCGAGAGAAUCACCGGUGUAUUUGUCAGUAGAUCAGACGAGAUUUACGCUAUGGACGAGAACAGCAACUUAUACAGUAUAGACGCGGAGAAUGCUAACGCAAGACAUUUGGGCACUUUCAAUAUAAGCGGCGUAAACACAUUCGCUAUGGACUCGGCUGAUAAUGUUCUUAUCGGAGUCAGAGGUGGUAUACAAAAGUUCAAUGCAUAUGAACAAGACCCGUGCCGGAAUUAUGACAAGUUCUCCGGAAGUUUCAAGCCAAAACACGCCUCUCAUUUGAUGCCUCUUGCAACCACAACACGGAAAAGUAGGAGGCACAACAAAGUUGGCAAACGUCACAGCAGGCGUCGCAAGCACCGACGUUUAACGACAACAACCACUGUUGCAUCAGAGCUAUUUCUAGGAAUUGAUGAUGAAGAGGAAUAAUUUUAUUAUAUUCUCUGCAUUAUUAAUGUAUAUUCGAAAAAUAUCUUAUUAUGAUUUGCGCCAUCUAAUGGUAUUAUUGUUAACUAAUAAAAAAAAUUAUAAGGGAUCUCUUUGCAUAAUUACAAAUAAAUCUACAAGAUGGCGUGUGUAACGUCUAGUUCCGAUCAAACAUCAUCUUGUCAUAUUUCUUUUUGAUACAAAGAAUAAAUAUUAAAUACUGAGAA